CUACACUCAGAUUACUACCCAUCUUUCCAAUCUCAACCACCAGCAUGACUACCCGCUACGUAUCCGCCCAUCAAUCGCCAAACGGCCCUGGUGAUCAACGCCCUACGGCCUCUCAGAUCAUCACAGAUGAAAACCUCCAAGGGAAAUGGUCGGACAAGACGGUCCUCAUUACCGGCUGCUCUUCUGGUCUUGGGAUUGAGACUGCUAGAUCCUUGUUCGAAACCGGUGCGACGCUCUUCCUUACCGCUCGAGAUCUCAACAAAGCCAAGUCCGCACUAGGAAGCCUGGUAGAGAGCGAUCGUGUUCACCUCUUGGAGCUCGACCUCAACUCUUUAGCGAGCGUGCGCAAAUGCGCCGACUCGUUUCUAGCCCAGCACGAUCGUCUCAAUAUCCUCAUUGGUAACGCAGGCAUCAUGGCAUGCCCAGAAGGGCGCACCGCAGAUGGCUUUGAAACGCAGUUCGGCACCAACCACCUGGCUCACUUCCUCUUGGUCCAACUUCUUCUUCCCACUUUGGUCAAAUCAAGCACCCCAGAGUUCAAAUCACGGGUUGUCAUGCUCGCUUCCACAGGGCAUCGCAUGGGUGGUAUCCAUUUGGAAAAUCUCAACCUCGAGGGCGAAUACCACCCCUGGUCCGCUUAUGGCCAGAGCAAAACAGCCAACAUCUACACUGCGACCGAGCUGAACCGCCGAUACGGAACCCAAGGUGUACACGCAUGGUCUGUCCAUCCUGGACUGAUCUUCACCGGUCUCAUGGCGCACGUCGAUAAGGAUACGAUGGAGUCGUGGGACAAAAAUCCCAAUAUCGGCAAGGCGCUCAAGAGCCCGCAGCAAGGUGCUGCGACUACAGUCUGGGCGGCUACCGCAAAGGCUUUGGAGGACCAAGGUGGCAGAUAUCUUGAAGAGUGCCAGAUCUCCAGCGUAGUCAAUCCUGACUUUGCUUCGAAUGAGCCCGGUUAUGCGCCCCAUGCUUAUGAUGAGGAGAAGGAGAGGUUGUUGUGGGAGAAGUCUCUGGAGUUGGUGAAGCCUUUCAUGGAGUAGAUCACAAAUCGUCCAUCGCGCCUGCUUUCCAAUCGCUGCUUGUUUUAGAAUCUGAACACUACAGUUCCUUAGCACAAUACAAAGGUGACAAGAGCUUAUUCUGCCCCGUAUAUGUGUGGAAAUCCCGGUGACUUCAUGAACAUUCCGUACACCCUCCAUAUGCGAUCUGGUGCUACAUGAGGAAACAACUUUUUUGGCGAAAUGUUUUAAACAGAGUUUGCGCAUCCGCGCGAAGCGUUCGUGAAGUAUUGUUCUGAAGAGACGAGACUGCGCUGCGCAUGUUGGACUUCAUCACGUGCUCAGAGCCUGCUUCAUAGAGUGCCUAGGUAGACUGUCUUGACGUUUCCAGGUCAGGACCCUUCGACGCCAAAAUUGCAGCCAGGUUCGAGUGUUCGAGUUUCUCUGGGGAGAAUAGAUGCUCCGCUGCCGGUAACGUUGUGGCCGU